AUAGUCUGAUCAAAUAGAGAAGCAGUAGUGAGGUGGUUUAUGAGUAAAGCCCCACACAGGAUAUGACUGCAGGGUCCCAGACACAGAGGAUAAACUCUCCAAUAUAUCCUGUUCAGGACUACUUAUGAGUUACAGACCACUGUGACCUUAGCCAGGGAAACUGGCACUACAAAAAAAAAAAAGAGGAAAGGAGAGAGUGCAGGAAGAACAAAGGAACAUAGUAAGAGGAGGGGAGAGAAGGAGAGAACAAAAUAAAAGGAUGGAGACAGAGAGCAAGAGAGGUUUGUUCAGAGGUUGAUAAGCUUAUAUUGAGCAGGGUGGCAGGCUGCGUCUUGUCGGUGGUAUAGACUUGACACAUUGCAGGAAACGUAUAUUGUUCUAUACAAGCUGUUUCCCCUAAUAAUACGGAGGGAGCAGGGCUGGGGCUGAGGGCAGGGGAACACAAAUAUAUGAAAGGACAAACAAUGUAAAAACGGUGAGAAAGUGGCGAUCGGAAAACAAAAUAAACUAAUAAAUAUCAGGGGGAAAACACAAGAGUCAUUAAUCAUUCUACAGCCGAGGUCUUUUUGUGGCAGAUUCUUGGCUACUGCCUCUGACUUCAAUAGAAGGACUGGUACUCAAUGAAGUUCCCUAGUCCGUCUAACAGGGGAGAGGUGUUCUACUACCCUAGUCCAUCUAACAGAGGAGAGGUGUUCUACUACCCUAGUCCAUCUAACAGGGGAGAGGUGUUCUACUACCCUAGUCCAUCUAACAGGGGAGAGGUGUUCUACUACCCUAGUCCGUCUAACAGAGGAGAGGUGUUCUACUACCCUAGUCCGUCUAACAGGGGAGAGGUGUUCUACUACCCUAGUCCGUCUAACAGAGGAGAGGUGUUCUACUACCCUAGUCCGUCUAACAGGGGAGAGGUGUUCUCCUACCCAAGUCCGUCUAACAGGGGAGAGGUGUUCUACUACCCAAGUCCGUCUAACAGGGGAGGGGUGUUCUACUACCCUAGUCCAUCUAACAGGGGAGAGGUGUUCUACUACCCUAGUCCAUCUAACAGGGGAGAGGUAAUCUACUACCCUAGUCCAUCUAACAGGGGAGAGGUAAUCUACUACCCUAGUCCAUCUAACAGGGGAGAGGUGCUCUACUACCCUAGUCCGUCUAACAGGGGAGAGGUGUUCUACUACCCAAGUCAGUCUAACAGGGGAGGGGUAUUCUACUACCCUAGUCCAUCUAACAGGGGAGGGGUAAUCUGCUACCCUAGUCCGUCUAACAGGGGAGGGGUAAUCUGCUACCCUAGUCAGUCUAACAGGGGAGAGGUGUUCUACUACCCUAGUCCGUCUAACAGGGGAGAGGUGUUCUACUACCCAAGUCCGUCUAACAGGGGAGAGGUGUUCUACUACCCUAGUCCGUCUAACAGGGGAGAGGUGUUCUACUACCCUAGUCCAUCUAACAGGGGAGAGGUAAUCUACUACCCUAGUCCAUCUAACAGGGGAUGGGUAUUGUACUACCCUAGUCUAAUAUGUGAGGGGUAUUGUACUACCCUAGUCUAAUAGGUGAGGGGUAUUGUACUACCCUGGUAUAGCAAUCUAUUAAACUGGCAAACAAACAUAGCGCAAAGGACAACAAGUAAACCCAAGAUGAGCAAAUCACAGUCAGACAUUUUUUCCCCCUUUAAAAGUCAAUUAAAUUGAUGCUUAGCGAAGGGUAAUUGGAAAUGCAAAAAAAAUACAGCUUGGUUCCACGGUUAAAUAAGGACCUGUGAUAGUGAGUGCCCCCCUCCACUUCCUGCCUAUAAUGACUUAUCCAGGAACUCACUACCAUUAGCCUGAUACAGACUGCCAUCCCUGUUUAAUCUGAGUGUGCUGGUAGGCCCAUGUGGGAAUUCAUAAAUGUUGUUUGUGGAGGAGCAGCUGAGGUUUGUGUGAAACUGGAUGUGAGUUUGUGAUGUAUUACAGUGCACAUCUGUGUGUAGGCUAUCUAUUCAGUUUACCCUAAUUACUUGUUAACUGACAGUUGUUAAGGGAACGCUAAGUGGACCAUGGGAACCAAUUGGACAAACAGACAGUUUUAAACAGUUGAGCAGGAAAGGGUGUGAGACGUUAUCAAAGCAUAUCGUCUCUCCCUCUCUCACCCCAGCCCCUGUGGCUGUCAGAACACUCACCCUAUAGGAUAGGGUAAAAGCUAUACUGAACAAAAAUAUAAACACAACACGUAACAAUUUCAAAGAUUUUGCUGAGUUACAGUUCAUAAAAGGAAAAAAGUAAAUUGAGAAAUUCAUCCGGCCCUAAUCAAUGGAUUUCACAUGGUGGGUUCCAACAAAGCAGCUGUACAGUGACUGAGUCUGCCAUCCUCCACGGGAGCCCAGCUAGGAGAGCCGUUCCAGCCCUGAGUGCCAGGCAAGCCCCACUCCGGCCCCAUACAGGCCGGGGCAGAGGCCCCCCCACUGGGGGAAAGGACCAAUGUCUCGGAGGUCUGAAAGAAGUGCUGGUGGGGGGUCUGGGACUGAACAUACACUACUAGCUGGGAUUGGACUGUCAUUACGGUGGUUAGAUAGGGGAAAUACAGUACAGAGUAGUUACUGUACAGCUCAGGCAAAACAAAGGGGCAGAAGUUGGACAAUAAGAUAUUCACUGUUGAUUAUAUUGGGUGGAUGUCACCAAAUUAUUAUAUAAGAUGUACGCACACACACAAGGAUUCAGCCCUGUCCGGAUCUGGUUGCCAUCUCUCCCACUACAGAGGGAAAGGCACUGUUUGAUCCCAGACAGAAAUUUAAACAAACAGACUCAAAAGGAGCAGAAACCAAAACAUCUAAUCAUCAGGCAACAGCACAAUUGUUGGGUGGGCUGGGUGGGUGGAGAAGAGGGGGAUGAGGGAGUGAUAUCACAGAAGCAGGAAAUCCUAUUUACACAACCUUAUUUUCCUCUGCCUGGUGAGAUAUCAUCUUAAAACACCUCUCCCGGUGUGUGUGGUGUGUGUUUUACAGGGUCUAAUGCAUGCGAGAUGAAAGGGAGCCCAAAGUGUAACCUGUCUACGAUAACACAAAGGGACGAACAAGGGUGUGUGUGUGUGCAUAUUAUGUCAGACCAGACAUCAGAAAACUGAGAGCGUGCAGGCAGGCAGACACCUGGG